UACGUUUUCGUUGUGCAAAGCAACUGCAAGGCUAAAGGUAACAGAGGGUACUCUUAAUUUGCAGAGACCCUCUUCAGGCAAUUCCAGUUAUCUAAAGAUGGGGAAAAUAGCGUUUGGAAGCACCAGUGAGGCUGCAAAGCCGGAAGUCUGGAGGGCGCUUAUCGUCGAGUUUAUCACCACCUUCCUCUUCAUCUUUGCUGGUGUUGGAUCAGCCAUGGCUACUGAUAAGCUAGGAGCAGAUACAACUGUGGCAUUGUUUUUCAUAGCUAUCACGCAUGCCCUAGUCGUGGCCGUGAUGAUAUCCGCCGGCCACAUUUCCGGUGGUCAUCUUAACCCCGCUGUCACCCUCGGCCUCCUCGCCGGCGGUCACAUUACCCUCUUCCGAUCUGUGCUUUAUUGGAUUGAUCAGUUGUUAGCAGCUGCCGCAUCUUGUUACCUUCUAAAGUACCUCACAGGAGGAUUGACUACUCCAAUUCAUUCACUUGCAAGUGGAGUCGGCUUCUUCCAAGGUGUGAUAUGGGAGAUCAUCUUGACAUUCUCCUUGCUUUUCACAGUCUACGCUACAAUUGUGGAUCCGAAGAAAGGAUCUCUUGAUGGGCUGGGCCCAACUCUCACUGGGUUUGUAGUGGGUGCCAACAUCCUAGCUGGCGGGGCCUUCUCAGGGGCUUCAAUGAACCCAGCAAGGUCUUUUGGGCCUGCUCUGGUGAGCUGGGACUGGACUGAUCACUGGGUCUAUUGGGUUGGGCCUCUCAUCGGUGGUGGCCUCGCUGGCUUCAUCUAUGAAAUUUUCUUCAUUGAGAGACCACGUAAUUACCAACCCAUCCCUGCAUAUCAGGAAGAGGCUUAAGUAGAAGACCAAUUUCAGUGUCCCAAAGCAUCCUGCUAGUCCUUCUUUUCUCUUUCUUGGGUUUCCUAUGCAGGAUUCAGAUUAGAGCUUUCAAUAAUCAUUCUAUGCAAUUUUAUUUUUUUUCUUGUUCACUUUUACCUUUGAUUAAUAUAUUGUUACAAAGUUCAUCGUCC